GUGCUAGUGCUGUCAUGAUGAUUGACUGCAAAUAAUAGGUAAAACGUUCAAAAUCGUUAAAAUAGACAGACGUGUACUAAAGUCCUGAAGAACAUGUUUAUAAGACAAAAUACAUAAAUUUUCAACUGCCUCUCGCGGCCGCCAACUGACCGCGCGAGUUUCCGGUUUCUUCCACAUUUCCUAGCAACGCUCCAUGGAUACGCGCUUGGGGAAGCGCGCGCACUGUGGCGGCCCGAUAACAACAACAUCAACAUGGAGCCUCCAGAGAGGGAAGCGGCAUCUCCUCAGUUGCCAGCACAUGAAGAUGUGAGUCAGUCGGCUGGACAAACAUUGAUAAACCAACUGGGAGCCCAGACUCAUGGCAGUGCCAGUCAGGACCAGGAGCAGUACAGGCAGGGAACAGAUGGCUGGGAGCCCUCUUUGCAGACAGAAUUCCAGGACAGUAACCUGUCUCCAGCCCUUCCCCUGUUUCCUGUUCACUCUGGUGUGGAGCACAUGUUCACGGAAUAUUCUUUAUUCCAACAAAGUGACAAUGAAUUUGUGCCUUUAAGGUCAUACCCCGACAUUUCCAUGGCAUCAGAGAAGUUUCACUUUCCGCCCCAGGAUCACACCACUCAGGCCUCUGAGUGCAGCUCAUUGUCCCAGCACCCUUUGGCCCAAGCAACUGUCCUGUCUGAAGAAGGAGUGAGCAGCUGCGGCUCUCUGUCCCAGCACAGUUUGUCACCAGGGGACAAAGACAGACAAAAGGACACUGACAAACUGGAAGGUCCAUCCAGAGAUGAUACAGGCAACAGGAAGAAGGACGCAGACACUGUAACUGACCCUUCAGACAAGCCAGCAGGACAGGCUGUUGAAGAUGAGACAUUCUUUCUGAAUAAGGAUAUUCCUGCCCAGCACCUUCUCGAGCUCCUUCAGAAAGAUAUCGGCAUGCUAAGCAGCAGCAGCAGUGCUGUGUCUUCUGCCUCAGCGACCUCUGUGAAGAUUGCUGUAUCCUUUUCCAAAGAGUCUAAAAGCACUCAAGUUUGCAAACCAGAGAUCGACCGAAGUACUGUGAGAAGAGAAGGUCCUCCAGGUGAAGCUUCUCGUCCCCAGCAGCAGACACAACAACCUGAUCGAGAUCAGUCACGGACAUUGUCAUCUGAGGUCUGUAACAUCACCAUGGGGGUCCGCAGCACUCGCCCUGAUGAGAAUAGUGAAGAGCUACACAGAGAGCUGUUGUCUGAGGUAGAGAGGAGCAGCAGCCAUGAAGCUGAAUCUAAAAACCAACCACAGCAAAGCCUAACACAACCCGGUCAGUCUUUCACACCAUAUCCUACGAAGAUGUCUGAAGGCAAGCCAGGUGUCACCAGAUCAAAUCUGGGUGGCAUGCCAUGGACAGGCCCAUUUUCAGCUGGUAUUGAACGGUGUCCCAGAGAGCAAGACCUCUGGUCAUCUGGGAACCAAACAGGGAUUGAUGGAUCAUAUCUGGGUUUCCUUCCACAAUCUCAGUCCACUCCAGGUGUUUUUAAAGCCCCACCCAAAUCCAGUGUCAAGGCUAAACUUUCUCUAAUAGAAUCCAAUAAAGAGAGCUCCUGUCAGUCAAGCACAGAGAACUCUCCACAGCAAGAUGUUCCUAGAGCUGAUGUCCACCACCCAGACUCGUCAAAUCAGUGCCAAGAGAAAGCUACCACUGCACAAGUCCAGUCUCUCCCAAGUCUCAGCUAUAUGCAGAAAGUAGAUGCUUGGAGGACAAACCAAACUUCAGGCAAGACGUCCCUAUUUGAUAGCUUGGCACUGCAAGGUUUUUCUGGCGUCUCUCCUAAAAAGAAAGCUUACGAUGCAGUAUCUGACACCCUGAAUCGCCUUCUGAGUCAGCAGACGAGGAGUUUACAACAGCCUCCUGUUUCAGCUGCUGCCAGUCAGGGUGUUACACAGAGCUCCUCCACCUCUCCCUCUUUUUCAAGAAGAGGGGAGGCGGUUGGCAGGGCUCCCAGUGAUAAAGACAACGCUGGGUCUACAAAAAGACCCUCUACCUCAACUUUUGGCACGUCACAGUCCCACUCCUCUGUUAGCACAGUGGUCAUGUCAGUAAAGAAAGAUCAGGAGACAGAAAGACGUCUAGAAGAAGAGAAGAGUGACACUCAGGAUUAUGUCAGUCAUCAGCCAAGUGCCAUAGAUCAGCCAUUGCCCCGCAUGAGCCUUGGUCAGUUCAGUGAUGUGUCACUUGAUCAAGAUUUGGCACUCUCAAGUUCCCAAGACAGUUACAACAGUGGAGUUAAAUUAGGAACUUCAAUUGGAGCUUCUUCUGUUGUGAGCCUUGAGGUAGAUAACUACGUCCCGCACUGGACCUCAAAGCUAUCCACACCACCACCUCAGCCCAAGCCGCGAGAGCUCAACAUUGAAGAACGAAUUCCGUUGUAUCUCCAUAACCUGGGGAUUGACCAGUCUCCCUCAACAAUCCUAACUCCAUUUGCACCCAGAGGCCCAAUCAGAGAGCCUGAAUUCUCUCCCACUGAUCUCUGUACAAUUAAAGGAUCUAUUGGAACCCCCACCAAGAGCACCCAACUCUCUGAAGUUGGCAGUCACCAUAAAGGAGAGUUUUCCAGGUCCAGCAUCCUGUCAGUGGAUUCUAGCAUAUCCAUCCCGUUGAGCGUGGAUAGUCUCGGUCCAGCUGCAUCUCUUUCAGAGCGGACCAGACGGCUUUCUCUCUCAUCAGAUACAGAUUCGAACCAGAGUGAACGCAGACUGGCCCCCUCGUCUGAGCCCGAUGAAGACUCUUAUCCCUCCACGCUGCAGACAGCCUUACAGCAGCAGAGAGACAGCAGCCUAACCAGCAGCCAGAACACCCUCCAGCCAGGAGACAGGUUUGGCUCUGACCCCUCGUUACGUAGUGACUUGGAGUCACCUUUGCAAACGAGCCGUAGUAUGGAGCAAAGCGGAGAAGCUUCGUUUGUUAGUUCCAAGGCCUUGUUGGAGAUCCGUAAGCUGCUCUCUCAGGCAGAAAACAUGGUCUCUGCUGGGUCUUCAGUGGCUUCCCCUGCAGCGCCCCGUCUCCCACUCUCUGAUGAGGACAUUUUCCUAUCAGCCAGGAAGAAAACCAGCCAACUCCAGGAAUCCUCAUUUUCCUCCUCCUCUGCGACUGGAAAUCCCAGAACUCGAUCCUCCUUGCUGUGGGCCAGGUCCUCGUCUGACUCUAUGCUGACCUCAGAGAAACUGAGAGAAACCUCUAUUGGUCGAGAGAGUGUGACUUCAUCAGGGCCAUCUAAUUAUCCAUCCACACAACCUCUUGUUACAGCACCGGCUACAGGUACAUACAGAAAGCCACCGGACAGCAGUGUUAGUAGAGGUGCAGGGACGUCUUUUGUCCUCUCUCAAUCAGCCCGGCGGGCAGAGCCUGAGGGUUGCAGUGCUGCUCCCCCUGACAACACACUCCCACCCCCGCCAGCAAUCAUCAUUCCUUCACCAGCCUUGACUACACAACAGCUCACCUCCACUCCUGCAGACAUGGCAGAGGAGGAAGAACAGACUGCCAUGGAAGGUCCAUUACAGAGUAGCUCCUCUUCACCCAUCCUAGAGGACGUUGACCAGGGUGUGAUGAGUGAUGGAAGCAGUGAGAGCUUGCUGGCAGUCAGAGUGGCCAGAUUACUGCAGAGUGAAUCCCCUGCCACCAUGGUGUCUAGUACACCCAGUGUCACCGACCAGGAGGAGAGCAAAGCCAGAGAGUGGAUCAAGCUGAAGAUAUCCGGACAGCAGUGUGAGCCUCUUGAGUUGGACAAAGAAGACAGAGAGCGGAUUGAAGAGAUCAAGAGAGAGCUGCUGUUAAAAAACCCCAUGAAGAGUCAGGGUAGCACAGACACGGAGAGCAGUGCAGCAUCCAGCUUUAGAGCCCCAAGGCGGCAGGAAGAGGCUCAGCAAGUGCAGACAUUCACCACCCUCGGUGACACUAACGAUCAGCCACCCGAGGCACUGCAGGGUGUCAGCACUGAUCCUUCUGACUCCAGUGUGCAGCUUCAAAACCCUCCUCAUCCGGAUCUAGAGGCUCAAAUACGUGAGAUCGCUGCCAGAGAAGGGGUAACACUCCCUAAGACGAACCCUAGGGCCAUUACAUCUAUUACCAUCGCCACCCGCAGGCGCUCCAGCUCCCCUUCACCUUCCACGUCACCCGCAACUCCUCUCAGUCCUGCAUCAGAGCCACUUCACCUGACAGAGCUUUCUACAGGAGCAGUGAACUUCCUUAAAGCUAACAAGCAGCUUCCCCCCAUCAUGGAUGAAGAAGAUAAGACUUCUCAGUUAGCGUCAGGGGAGCAGAGGAGGGAAGAUGCUGUAGGAGGCCAAAGUGAGGAGCCUCCUCCAUCCACUCUGGGUGUAGGUAGAGAGGACGUGAAUAUUAAAAAUGACAGCACACCGUCUUUCAGGCGAGAUGACAAGUUAUCCGUCCAGGACAGCUCUGUUUCUGGUCAAACCACAGCUUCAUCUACAUCUGAAUCUCCACCCAAGACAGGUCACAUCUCACACGUCCAUCUCACUCUGUCCCCCAAAGCCAACAAUCACAGCUUGGCCUCUGCUGUUACAGGACUGCCUCGUAAAGAAUUUGUCCCCCUCAGACACUCGUCUUCUCCUGCCAGCAGUCCAGACGAAGGUGUCGGGUUGUCCAGUCCACCAGAGUGGUGCGACAACAGAGAGCCAACAAGACAACGAGGGACAGAAAGAGCCGACACCUCCACAUUGUUUAAAACCGCUGCGACUCAGGACAGGAUGACGUCCACAUCCUCACGGUUCUUUACACCAAGUCACAGAGCUGCAGUGUCACCAAGACCCUUAACCACCGAAUCACCAGCUGUGCCUGUGUUGCUGCCUUACAAACCCCGCGGCAGUGAGGAGCUCUUCUACGUCCCUCAAACCGAAGCUGAUUCCUCCUCUACUGACACCACCAUUGAGAGCACCCACACAGGUUCAGACGACGCUGUGCCUCCACGCUUCAGCAGUGAGGUCCUCGGACACAGAGACCCGGGGCUGGACCGUGGAGUCUCCAUCAGACACACAGAGGGGAUCUACAGCAAGAGGCUGAAGACAAGCAGCUUCAAAAUGAGCAAGGCUGGAGAACACAGAGGUGUGUCUGUGUCAACAGAGGAAACCUCUGAAACUGCGACUCAAACUCCAAAGCCAUCUUCUCAGGUGUCAGUUGCCUUCACCAGAGUGCCUUUAUCGAGCAACCAGGAGACCUCCAGGAGAGACCAGGGGACCAGCCCGGUGCAGUUCCUCAGCUAUGAUCAACCAGAACCCAGAAGUGAGAGAUUUCAGCCGGUUCAUGUGGAAAUCAGCCAUCGCCUACACGGGAGCUCUGUUCUUCAGGCUGGAUUGGAGCGAGAUCAGGACAGGAGGGACUCUGCCCAGCAGAGCAGCAGCAAUCUGGACCAGCUGUGGCAGAGGUUCUGUGCCCGGUGGAGUCUGGAGGAGUCCCGACCCGUCAGUGACAGAGAGGCGUCGCUGCUGGAGCGGCUCGAGCGUCUGUCUCGUCUUAUUCAUAACACUCGGGAUGAAAACCUGUCAGAGGUGUAUGGUGAUCCAGGAGAGAAGCGAGGGAGGAGGGGAGGAGAUGAAAGAAUGAAGAGUAACAUAGAUGGUGAAGCCAGAGAGCUGGAGAGGAGAGUCAGAGGAGGUAGAGAGGCUGAAAGUGAACCUCAGAUCCCACAGAGGCUCCCAACAGAGGAGGCGUCUCCACCUGCAGACGAGGACUCCUCCACCUCCAGCUUCUCUCACGCCUCCUCCCAGAGUCAGCUCAUCUAUCCUGCUGACAGAGAAGAGUCUGAGACCCUGUCCACCGCUGGCUCCAUGUCCACCGUGGACACGGCGAGGCUAAUCCGAGCCUUCGGCGCCCACAGAGUCCAGCAUGUGAAGACGAGCUCCGGCCUCAGAAAACUGUACAACACCAUCAACAGGCAGAAAGACGGGAGGGAACAGAGAAGAGGGAGAGACAAAGAGCCGCCUCAGAUCAUCAUGAUGUCAGAGACCACCGGCACUGAUGAAUCAGUUGCUGCUGAUUCUGCAUCAUCCACCAGCACCUACAGCCUCCCAUCACAACACGUCCCCUCCAGAACUCUGACAGCCAAGAAGGCUGUUAAACUGGUCAGCAAAGGCAUCCAGGCAGGUGAUUUGGAGCUCGUCAGUAAUGGGACUCGUCGUCACACCCGAGAUGUUGGAAUGACGUUUCCAUCACCUGGUGAAACCAGAACUUACGGACGGGUCUCAUCUUCCUCAUCCAGCUCAGAGAGAGGAAGAGGAGGGCAGAGAAAGAGCAAGAGAAGCCCAACAAAGACCUACCCUGAGGGCGUUUCUUGGUUCAUUUCUGCUGACGAGCUGAGGCCAGACGCGAGGAAGGAGAACCGGCCGGAGGAGGAGGAGUCGACAUGGAGGCCGAACACCGCCUGGUUUGAGCCGUACAGCAGAAUGAAACCAUGGAGAGAGCCGCUCAGACAGAGACAAGUCCUUGAAGACAGAAACACACAGCCCAGGUUUAUCCUCCACCAUGAAACUGAUUUAGACCCAAGAACCAAAACUACAUCCUCCAGUCCGACACGGAUCUCUCUCCAGGAGGCUCUGGCGAUGCGUCGUCCGGAGUUCAUCUCUCAGUCCAGGCAGCGGGUGAAGCGCCUGGCUCGGCAGAUGGAGGAGAGGAAGCUGCAGGAAGUCUUCAGCAGAGAGAGAGAAGAACUGUUCAGCAGGCCCGGAGGACCAGGGAGGCUGCCGAAGCCUGCAGGCACCGCUCAGCUCAGGAGGGCUGUUCCAAGGAAAGAGAUGAUUCAGAGGUCCAAACAGAUUUAUGAAAAUCUGCCGGAGGUCCAGCGGAGGAAAGAGGAGGAAAGAAGAAAAGCAGAGUAUCGAACUUACCGGCUGAACGCUCAACUCUACAACAAGAGAAUCACUGGUCGAGUCCUGGGCAGGAGAACAGCGUGGCACUGAUCAAACACACCGGUUACACUUUUUACUGUAGAGUAAAUCAACAACAUGAAAACAUUUUUACAAUUUUUAAGAACAAAACUACCUAACUCAACUAGAACAAAAGCUUUUAUUUAUUUGUGACCAAAUCUUUUAGUUGAUAUUUUAUAUAUUAUGUAGAAAAUUUGAAUUCUACUGUUUUGUACUUUUUUUUUUUUUUUUUUUUACUUACAGACCAAUAGAAUGUUUUAAUUGGUUUAAAUGAGUUUUUAAUGUAAAAAAUAAACCAGAUUUCUGCAGAUUUUUAAUGAC